AUGACCUCCACCUCCUCCCUUGCCUCUACAACGAUCACGCCAACUCAAUCGAAUACUUCUUCCGGGGCAUCUGGCCCUUCAGACAUUACUUCACCCGAACUCGAGGACCUCCACAGGUUCCCUUCGGAAUCAUUACACUCCUUCUCUUUUGCUCGCCAGUCAGAAGAGAUGCUCCACACCCGUUAUAAUGUGCUCAAGAGAACGAUAGAUUUCAUGAGAGACCGAUUUGGCUGGGCCGCCAGCAGUACAGGAAUUGCCCACGCUCAAGCCAAGCUGAGCGGCGACCCAGAAGUUCAGAGCAUGGUCGACUUGGUGGCAAGAGCUAAUCUUCGCGAGGCCAGUAAGGGGCAGCAUCGACUGCCUGGGCUGUUAAUGGGCCCCGCUACAGGCCCUCCUGAUCUGAAUGGCGACAAUAUAUUCGACAAAGCUUUCGCGAGCCCGUCACUUGGACCAAUUGAAGAUGAAGGUGAGACUGGAUCAGAGUACCUGGAACGAGCUGCAGAGUCAGGGCGUUUUUUGGCUGCUUCAGAGGGUCAUAGAAUACCUCGAGCGCGAGGACUGAAAUCCGCUCCAGCAUCAAGGCGUGUUAGCCUAAAACGGACUUAUACCGAUGUUGGGUCCGCCUCGCUGCAGAAUAAACUUAUGGAAGCAUUGUCGACGCAGCCAUAUUCCGCCACAGAUCUUAUAUCCCCUGGAAGCACCACUUCCUUUGCCAUUGGAACUACCACGCCUGCUGUGCAUUCACACAGCAGUAAAUGGUCACCCGCGUCCCAAGCUGUGUUUAGAACGGAUGCGACUCCCCGAUGGACUAUUCUCGCUGCUAAUGACCUGGCAUGCCUAGUUUUCGGCAUUACUCGAAGAGAAUUUCGCAAGUUAAGUAUUUUAGACCUCGUUCAAGAAGAACGACGCGAGUGGCUUGUGUCGAAGCUGAAAGCCACGAGCAUUUAUCCGAGCUCUGAAUCCCCGGGUGUAAAAUCAUCUCAGUCGAAUGGGCAUAAUUCACGACCGAUUAAUUUCGGUAAUGGUGUGACAGCCCAGUUGUUAAGCAAAGCUCCGGCGCGGUUGACCAGGUCUAGGAAUCGCAAUGAUAGCCACUCUAGCCAUGGAUCUGCCAGACGGGGGAGAAGCCCUAAUCACACUCCAACCAAAUCUCGUGGUGUGCUGAUAUGCGGCGACGUCGUCCCCAUUCAGAAACGUAAUGGGCUCACUGGUUCCGCAAGCUUGUGGGUGAUGGAGAAAAAAGGUGGUUUAAUAUGGGUAGUGGAGGAGAUACCAGAGCACCUUGUGAAUAUUCGCUGUGAUGAAAAUGGCCGUGUCGUCGAUGCAAGAGGCGAUGCGAAUAACAUUUGGGACCGCAAAAACAUUGAACCAGGGACUCCGGUUCGAGAGCUUUUGCCUUACAUUCCUACAAUCACUCCUAACUCUGAAGCUCUGAACUUCUCCAAACUGAAUGAAUUGAAAUUCUUCACCGCCUCAGCGUCUCCUGGGGCAUCCAUUCCAACAACAGUGACAGGUCUCCACGAAACCAGCACUCUUCGCAUAUCCAGCUUUCCCCAUAUCGCAGGGAUGUUGGUUUUGUCGCCGGAUACCCUGAACAUUAUCAGUGCUAAUCCGAUUUUUGCCUCGUCACUUUUUGGCCAUACCUGCGUAAAGGGUGUGCACAUAACAGAUCUCAUACCCCAUUUCGAUUCAUUCCUUGAUACCCUAACAGAGUAUGAUAACAUCCCACUGGUGGAUGGGAUGGUUAUCCCAGAACACAGUUUUCGGAGGGCUCGAGCGCUGUCCAUCCUUCGCGAUGGAAAAGUUGACGCAGCGUCCCUUUUCCUGCGGCCAACCGGCCUCCCCGCGCGACAUCGUGAUGGUGCAGAAAUCAUGGUUGAUGUUCAGAUGCGGGUUGUCAAAAGCCAGUCGACGCUUUACUCAGAUCAAUACGAUGUCAUCCAUGAGCAUCAAGGUGUGGACCAGGAAAUCGGAAGCCCUUACGUGAUUACUGAGCUAGUUUAUGCCUUAUGGAUCACUUACUCUAGGCAGUAUCAUUCUACCAACGGGAUGGAACUACCCCCGGUAAACCCACUGUUGCAGCCCUCUGGGUCUCCGCCUCCUCAGACACCACCCGGACAGGUAACACCCGCAUUAACGCCGAUGCUUGAAACACCGAAAGCAAAUAAACCGCAGAUAUCACUCCUCGCCCAGCAAUUGAACGAGGCCGCUUCACAGCCACUUACAGACCAACCUCCACAGCCGGUUCCAGAGAUGAUACUAUCAUCAGCAAAGGUUGAACCACCAAAGAAGAAAACGAUAUCUGAUUUCGUCAUCACAGAAGAUCUCGGGUCAGGCGCCUAUGGACAGGUGAAACUAGCACGGUGCAAAUGGAAUAUGGCGAAAAAGAUGGUCCUAAAGUAUGUCACGAAGAAGCGAAUUUUAGUGGACACUUGGACGCGUGAUCGUCGGCUGGGGACUGUGCCGUUGGAGAUCCAUGUUCUGGAAUUUCUGCGUCGGGAUGCCAUGCGACACCCGAACAUCGUAGAGAUGGAAGGUUUUUUCGAGGACGACGUCAACUACUAUAUAGAGAUGACCCCUCACGGUUGUCCGGGAAUGGAUCUGUUCGACUACGUGGAAAUUCGGACGCACAUGGACGAAUCUGAAUGCCGUGGGAUUUUCUCACAAGUCGUCAGUGCGGUUCACCAUCUUCAUACCAAAGCGCUAGUGGUACAUCGCGAUAUCAAGGAUGAAAAUGUCGUGAUGGAUAGCGAACGGCAAGUUAAAUUGAUCGACUUUGGCAGUGCCGCGUAUAUCAAGAAUGGACCGUUUGACGUGUUCGUCGGUACUAUUGAUUACGCGGCACCCGAAGUUCUUCAGGGCAGGUCGUACCGUGGAAAAGAACAAGACGUAUGGGCACUGGGCAUCCUGUUAUACACGGUUAUAUACAAGGAGAACCCGUUUUACAACGUUAAUGAGAUUAUGGACCACCCGUUACGCAUCCCCUUUUUGCCGUUUACAGACGAUUGCAUCGAUUUGAUCCGUGGCAUGCUUAAUCGCAACGUGGACGAGCGCUUGACCAUCACCCAAGUUAUGGAACACCCGUGGAUGAGUGCAACAACGAAUAAUCCCGGACACGGCUAA